UUGAGAUUGGCCACUUGGAUUUAAAUAUCUGUGGUUUUUUCGGAGACUGCCUGUGUUCACCGCCGACUUGCCCCCAGAACUGAUUCGCAGCCUCUACGGUCAUUUUGCGUCUGAAAAGGAGUUGGCUGUCAGGGGUUGUGUCGGACCACUGUGCGUUCGCGCUCACCACACACACCGGAGUUAUCAACCCUCCGGACUGGGGCGAUGAUUGUAGUCCGUCUGUUUCGCAGUGAUUGCCGCCUAAUUGCCCGGGUCCGACCGAGGUCCGCCGGACUUUGUGGAAACGGAGAUUGUUGUGUGUUGGCGGUGUUCAUCAAGCCCGCGACGGUCCGCGGCGCAACUCAAUACAGCGGAUCGGCGGAAAAUUGAGAGGAGUGACCACUGACAUUCACGCGGUCGAGCCACGAAAGCUCCGGAUCAACUUCGAAACUGAAGCGCGCAAGUUUUAAGUCUGGAAUAUAAGAAUAGAUGUUUCUCAGAGGACAGAAGACGAAACACACCUAGGCCUACAAAAUGUUCAAAAGGGGCUGUGGGCUUGAGUUCCUGCUGGUUCUCUGUGGGCUCGAGUUUUCCUGGUCCUGCCCUCGUCACUGUAUCUGCUACACUACACCCAGCACCGUCUCCUGCCAAGCCCACAACUUCCUGUCUGUCCCUGAAGGCAUUCCUCCUGACAGUGAGCGCAUCUUCUUGCAGAACAAUAAGAUCCAUCGCUUACUUCGGGGCCACUUCAGCUCCAACACAGUCACCCUCUGGAUCUACUCCAACAACAUUACGUACAUUGAGCCCUCCACCUUCCACGGCUUCACACUGCUGGAGGAGCUGGAUCUAGGAGACAACCGCCACCUGCGCUCCUUGGCUGAAGACACCUUUCACGGGCUGAGUCGGCUCAAUGCGCUACACCUGUACCGAUGUGGACUCAGUUCACUUCCUAAUAACAUCUUCCAAGGCCUCAGAAAUCUGCAGUACCUCUACUUGCAGGAUAAUCAUCUGAAGUUCCUGCAGGAUGACACAUUUAUGGACCUCCACAACUUGAGCCACCUAUUUCUGCAUGGAAACCGCCUGUGGAGCCUUAACCAGAACACCUUCAGAGGCCUCCGAGCCUUGGACCGACUGCUUCUGCACCAAAACCAGAUCGAGUGGGUUGACCGCCUGGCCUUCCAUGACCUGAAACGUCUCACCACCCUUUACCUGUUCAACAACUCCCUGAUACAGCUGUCUGGGCAGUGCCUGGACAUGCUUCCCGCCCUAGAAUACCUGCGCCUCAACGACAACCCCUGGUCAUGUGACUGCAAGGCCCUGUCACUAUGGGAAUGGUUGAAACGUUUCCGAGGUUCAACAUCUUCAGUGGGUUGCCAGGCACCGGCUGAUAUGGUUGGGAAAGAUCUCAAAGAGUUGCGCAAGGAAGACUUCCCCAACUGUUCACCAACUGUUCCUAACUCUGAGUCCAGAGCCCAGACUAACAAUUUAUCUGGCACCGUGAAUCCGUCAAUGAAUCGUGGUGUAGUGGUGGGCUCUGGAGGGCAGACCCACAUAGUGCACCCCUCGAGGCCUGGCCGUUCUCGGAACUGCACAAAGCCUCGUAACAGGGUGAGCAAGGGGAAGGGUGACAAUGAGGUUCACCACUCAAAGGAGGUCAUGGCAGACAAGGAGGAUUCCUCCCCAGAUUUCACAGAUGGGGGAAAACAUGACCACACGUCCCCAGAUGGCACCGUCACAAGGAGAAAGCACAAGUGCACUCCCCGGACCACUGUUCGCCCCCCUAGUGGGGUUCAGCAAGCCAACAAUAGGGCAACCUUAUCCCAGUCCUUACUACAUGUCUACGCCCUCUUUGUGGCCUUGAUAACAACAAAUAUUGACUACAUUCUCCGCUGACGUUCAGAGGGUUUGGCAAAUGCUCAUCACAAAAAACAAAGCCCUCAGACCCUCUCAUGCUCCUGCACUACAAGGCCUCUGUGUCUUUUAUGUAUGUGUGUGAGUUUGAUUAUAUGUGUAAAUGUUGUGUAGAGAGCUUUACUGUUCCGACUGAAACAAAGCAUCAAACAUCUACAACAGAGAGACUCACAGCACAAAAUUUGGAGGGUCUUAGAAUGAAAAGAUGAAUACAGACCAAGCUUGCACUGCCACUUAAGCCAGUAUGAUUUCAUCUUCAUAUGUCUCGCCAUCUAAUAUAUUUUUUUAACUUCUGUUUUUCAUUCACCUGGAGCUCAGAUAACCAAAAUUUGGUGAAAAGAGAGCAAAAGAGUAAGAGAUGACAUCAAACUUGUUAGCCAGUUAGCUCUGAGACAGAUGAGCUAGGUCUUCAAGUGCUCCAUACAGCUUUAAUUUUCAGUUCACAGUUUCUAAAUUGUUAUCAAGAAGGUACAAAUGGAAAAUCGAUGACCCUGUAAAGCCUUUCUUGCGGUCAUCCUUUCUGCCAAAUAUAUUUUUCUGUUGCAUCCUUUGCUAACAACAGGUCCAAACAAGGUGCAGGUGUUUCUCAUAAACAAAGAAGUAAAGUGUAAGCAUGGCAAUACAUUGUCAGUCAGUAUCAGACAUAAGAAUGUGUCAUUCUUAUUACAGAAUGGAAAUCUAUAGCCACAGAUGUUUUAAGGCCAUAAACAGAACAACCAGUUAGCUCAUACUGUAUGAAGCUGUAACAAAUCACAACAACUACUCUCUACAUAUUGCUGGCUUUUUACAGGUAUUGUACCAACCUUUUUGCCUGCUUAGUGGUAUUUCUUAUCGAUAUUGCAUUUCUGCACACAACUCUGCUUCCAUCUUUAUUUACACCACUUUUCUUCUUCUGUGCAACUGAAUAUUGAGCUGCUAAUUGUUGCAAGAUGACAAGGACUGCCAUGUGCUAUUUUCAUUUGCUUGGAAAACUGUGUCUCCGGGAGAUCAAGCUGUGAAUAUUGAAGAGUCUGUCUAUAUCUUGUGUCAGAUGUUGUUCAUUUGAUUUUUCUAAGACACAAAAUGGACCUAGAGAUGGAUCCCUGCUACAGGGCCCACAGGAGCCUUAGAGGUCAAGGGUCAAAUGGGGCUUUCUCAGUUUCCCAGUGAGGUUGUGCUGAACUGAUCCCUCCUCAGUGAGGGUAUACUUCCCUCACUGAGAAUAUGAGGAACGCAUUUUUUUCUUAAUCACUUAACUUCAAUACAAGAACAAGACCCCAGAAAAAAAUGUGCGCGGACCCUAAAUGACUUGUGAUCAAAAAAGGAUUUAAAAAAAAAACAUUUUUGAAUGGAGCAUGGCAAAACAGGGAUCAUGCAGAGAGAAUUUUGCCUCUUAAUUAACUGAUGUGAUUGUCCAUGGAUGUGGGGAUCCAAGACCAAGACAAUCGCUUCUGAAGUAACAAGGGUAUGCAGCACAAUGCAGACUGACAGAUGGACAAUUACGGGAUAUCUUGCUGUACUUCUGGAGCUUUUGUGCCUCCCUUAAAUCUACUGAUAGGAUGGUGUUUGUAUCAAUGAUGUGAACUGUACCAGUAAGAAUGGAGGUAAGGACUUCUUGCAGUGCUGAUAUUAAUCAUUUACUGUAUUACUAUGAGAAAAACAAUAUCAGUGACAUCAAUGAUGAUAACAGGGUUUUCUGCUCCUCCUGCCAGGAGGAGUCUUUCAAUUUUUCAUUUUCUGGUGAUUUGUUUAUUUACGUAAUUUUCAUGGUAUAUUUUUAGAACCUUUUAUUUGUUAAUGCACAAUCCAUGAACUCCAUCUUUCUUGUUCUACUGUAUGCCUAUUCAUCUUCUUU